AUGGACCUGCACGUCAUGGAGGGGUACCGAUAUGCAAUCCUACCCGGGUUCUUUCACGAAGGUCCAACGACGCCAGAGCAAUCCCAAGCGGUGAUGCCAGUGUGCGGCUCAUGGACUGUACUGAAGAACCAGCUAAAAGCUUUGCGAAUUGAGCAUCCCCGGUCGCAGAUCAAGCUGCUGCUACUCACUCGACAUGGCGAGCAUAAUGCGCUGUGUGAGAAGCUGGUUCCAGCCACGCUAGGUUUGUCGGCAGCAGACCAUCUCGAACGAUCAAGAAGAAGUACAACAAAUAGCCGAUCGAACCAGGUCGGCCGAGAGUGGCCUCUCUUCGAUCCCAGUCUGUCUGCCGCCGGAACUAAACAAGUCAAUCAGCUCGGAGUUACAGUGCGCCAGCAAGUGGAGCGCGGUAUGCCUGUACCGAAGCACUACGUCAGUCCAGCGAGGCGAGCCGUGCAGACUUGGGCGGGGGUUUGGUCGAAUGUAGGAGAAGGAGAGGUAUCAGCGACCGUCAUUGAAGAGCUCCGCGAAGAGCUGCAUGUCCACCUUUGUAAUGCCCGGCGCAAUGUCUCACUCCUGCAAGCAGAGUUGUCACAACUGGUGAUACCUGCCGAUACGUCCGAGGUCGACCCCCUCUGGCAGCCAAGCUCAGACUGCAGGUAUGACCGAGCGGACGCGCCGCUACCACCACAGCUACUAGAGCGGCCUAUGCGGGGUAUGGAGAACGGGCGGGAGAUGGCUUUGCGCGCCGAGAAGGCUUUGAACCGGAUCAUGGACGAUAGUGGGGAGUCAGCAUGUAAGAGCGUGACGAGCCAUUGCUCCUUGUUGCGCGAGAUGAUGGGGGUCCUGGGGUCGCUUCGGCGGGACUUGAGGACGGGCGAGAUGUGCGCGGUCGUGGUCAAGGUGGACUAG